CCGGUUUCUGGCCAUGCGCACACACCAAAACAAAGUCAUUCUCUAGAGUUGGUCCACACGCCACCAGGAAACUCUACUAAACAACUGACAUUGUUUUCUGAAACACAUCCUGACUGAUUGACGUCAUCACCAUGGGACGCGGAGAAAACGACGAGAAGACUAAAAUGGACCAUGAGGAGGUGGAGGGCGGGUUUUGCGAUAAGUUUCGCGGAUUCCCCAAGUGUAUCGGAUUCAUCGUCGGCAACGAGUUCUGUGAAAGGUUCUCCUUCUACGGCAUGAAAGCCAUCCUGACGAUCUACCUUCUGGAAGCGUUGUUGUUCGAUGACUCCACGUCCACGGCUAUCUACCACGCCUUCACGUUCGGCUGUUACUUCACUCCCAUCCUCGGCGCCAUCAUGGCAGACAGCUGGCUUGGGAAGUACUGGACUAUAGUGUCGGUCUCCAUCCUCUACGCCAUUGGCAAUUUUGUUUUGUCCAUUUCUUCUCUCUUCGGAGCUCCUCCAUACCCGUUCUACGGAGUCUCGCCAGAUUCAAACAUACCGGGCGCCAUGAUUGGUCUGGUCCUGAUUGCCCUGGGAACGGGCGGGAUCAAACCAUGUGUGUCAGCCUUCGGGGGGGACCAGUUCAAGGAUGGACAGACAAAGCAAGUCCAGAUGUUCUUCUCCAUCUUCUACUUUGCCAUCAAUGCUGGAAGUCUCAUCUCUACCCUGGUCACCCCUCUGCUUAGGGACGAUGUCCAGUGCUAUGGAGCUGACUGUUUCCCUCUGGCCUUCGGAGUUCCCGCUAUUCUUAUGGUGGUCGCAACAAUUCUGUUUGUUGUCGGCACCCCCUUCUACAAGAGGAACCCGCCACAAGGAAACGUUGUCGUGCUGGUGUCAAAGGCCAUCGGGAACGCGGUUAAGAACCGGUGGAACCGUGAGUCUGGUGAGCAGAGAGACCACUGGAUGGACUACUGUGACACUACCAUAUACGAGAAAAAGCUGGUUCGUGACAUCAAGUUCAUGCUGCACGUGUUGUACAUGUACAUCCCUCUGCCUGUCUUCUGGGCUCUGUUCGACCAACAAGGAUCUCGGUGGACACUACAGGCGUACAGGAUGAACUAUGACCUGGGACCUCUUGGCAAGAUGAAGCCAGAUCAGAUUCAGUUCGUCAACCCAGCUCUGAUUUUGAUCCUCAUCCCCAUAUUUGAGGGAGCGAUCUACCCAAUUCUGGACAAAUGCAAGAUCCCCAACAGGCCCUUACAGAGGAUGUGUGCCGGUAUGACCUUUGCAGCAGGAGCUUUUGUUGUGGCUGGAUUCAUACAGAUAGCACUGCAGAACACCUACCCACAACCACCCGCGGCUGGAAACUCAGGCCUUCGUGUCAUCAACCUGGCGAACUGUGACCUCCAGCCGACCUUUAACCCUGCUCUCCCUGGUACUGAUGCGCCUUCCUUUGAGCCAAUUGCCUACAAGGGAGACCAGAAACUGUACGAUGUGCCGAUGGGUAACCACACUCUGGACUUCAGCUGUACCGGUAAGACAAGUCUGACUGCCUACAAGGUGGACAUGGGAGAUCAGGAGUUCAACACAGUCAUCAUCACAGAUAAUAAUGGAGCACUUUCUGCACCAUCACAGUUCCACACAGAGUGGGAUAAGCCAGAAAAGGCUGAUCCAAAAAUGAGGGUGAUCUUCAUGCUUGACCCAGCCACGGUCGGUAAUAACGUGUCCGUGAGGAUUGAGAACAGUGACGCUCCCAGCCAGGUGUACCACACGUUUGAUGCCGAGCAGCACAAGGCAACAGAGUAUGUCGUCAAGGAGCCAGGAAAAUUCAACGUGAAGCUUGAGUAUAAGGAUACUUCUGGUGAAUCUCAGACGGAGACAGUUGGUGAUGGUUACACUACUGAACAUGGUGGAGGUUACACUGUUGUCGUCUACAAAAAUACAGAGUAUGAGGUGAACAGCUACAUCGACGCUGAGCCCAGUUCCAUGAGUAUCCUGUUCCAGAUUCCUCAGUACUUCAUCAUCACUACUGGAGAGGUUCUCUUCUCUGUCACUGGACUCGACUUCUCCUACUCUCAGGCCCCAAAGAGCAUGAAGUCAGUGCUUCAGGCAGCCUGGCUACUGACGGUCGCUUUUGGAAACGUGAUCGUGUUGAUCGUGGCAGAGGCCAGGCUUAUCGAAGACCAGGCUAUUGAAUUCUUCAUGUUUGCUGGACUGAUGGGUGCUGUUGUCAUCAUCUUUGCCAUUAUGUCCUAUUUCUACACGUAUAACGAAAUCCCCAAGGAUGACGAAGAGAUGGAAGAGUUGGGAAAAUCAGCGACAAACGGUGAUGUUGAACACGGCAAAGUCAAAAACGGAGUGGACAACCCAGCUUUGACCACAGAUGGACCAGUAAGCCCUGGAGUAUUGGCCGGGGAGACAUCAUACAUAACUCAACUGUAGACAACUGGUAGAACAAAAUGUUGUGUUUCCUGUUUCCUGACCGACCCUAGAAAAAAACUGCCGACCCUAGCCUUUUUAGUGGACCCCUGCAAGGGACAUACAUUUUUCGAGCUGAUUGACC